GUUGUUUAUAUCUAAUCGUUAGCUUUCUGUUUAUUACGUCGCCAUUUUUGUUGUUCCGACGGAGGACAUCUACAGAGAAGGACUUUACUCUCUCAUACUGAAACAAUCACACUGUGUACUUCACUGGCUUUGGCAUGAAUAACAGUCCACAUGGGAUGGCCCCGUGGCAUGGGGCCAAUGGACAAGGACAGGGAGGAGGAGGCUGGUAUAAUGGGCCCCAAGGACCUUAUGGAGGCUACGGAGGGUCAUAUACUGGCCCACCUGGACCACCACCGCCGGGUUGGAAUAGUUAUGGUCCUGCUGGAGGUGGUGGUGGCUAUGGAGGAUAUGCUGGAUAUCAAACACCUUGGGGUUAUAGUGUGCCACCUGGAAUGUCAGGCCCACUCCCUCUGCCUCAAUCUGAUAACACCUCCAAUAGUAAUGUUAAUAAUAACAAGAACAAUAAUAAUUCUGGGAAUGAUAACACCCCUCCUCUACCUCCUGGUCCUCCACCAGGUGGGCAAAAUUCUGAAAGUGAUGGCCAGAACAAAGUUAAUAAUUUAAAUACUUCACCAAAUAAUACACCUGGGAAACACCAAGAUGCCAGCAGCCAACCAAACACCAGUGUCCUACCGCCACAACGUUAUAAUAAUCAGGAAUACAAUCAAGGUUAUAAUCAUGGCUAUAAUCAGCCUUAUACCCAGGGAUAUGAUAAUUAUGGUGGCUACAGUGGAGGAUGGUAUGGUCCAUCGGGCCCUCCACCCAGAGGGCUACCACCAAACUAUAAUCAAGCAUCCAUGGGUCGAGGAAAUUCACAAACUGGUUCAGGUGGCCCUGUCAAAUUUAACCUUCCCAGCAAGAAAGGACUUGGAUAUAAUGCCUUACAGCAACAGCAGGCCUCCCAGCAGCAGCAGCAACAGCCUCCCCAUCCACAGCAGCACCAACAACAACAGCUGCAGCAUCAACAAGAACAGCAGCAUCAACAAGAACAGCAGCAACAGCCACAUCAACAACAACAACAACUACAACUACAACAACAACAGCAGCAGCAACAUCAGCAGCAACAGCAACAGCAUUAUCAGCAACACACUUCUAGCCAUAAUAAGAAUAAGAAAAAGAAUAAGAAUAAAAAUAAUGUGAUCAUGUCCAACAACCCAUGGAACAAAAUACAAUUUAUGAAUAACCAACAGCAGCAACAGCAUCAUCAUCCAUUAAAUUCAAGUGAAAAAGAAAAUUCUGAUGCUCAACCAUCUGUAAAUAAAGCUCCAGGGAUUACUGAAAACCAAGUUGUGAUGAACAAGACACAGGACACAAAAGUGGUCAAGGAUAUGAAAGGAAUGACUGGAUUGGUUGCUAAUGGUGACUGGCCUGAAAGUUUGAAAGCAUAUGUUGGGCGGUGUUUUGCUCGCUGUGUCACAGAAUUGGACAAAGACCAAGUUGAGAUAUGCCUUAAAGGAAAGCUUACUCAAGCAGCAAAUAAUGGGACUUUGUGGACGAAGAACUGGGAUGAAGAAUCUCUUCCUAGCAUACAUAGUGAAUCCACUGUCACCCAAAUAUCGCACAUGAAGACCUGGAGUGCAACUAGUGAUGCUGGAUCAGACACAAGCUCCACUAGUCCUAUGAAACAGCAGAACAAGAAAUCACCUUACAAGAAGCAAAUGGUGUCAGCUGGUUAUGCUGCCCGUGGAAUGAGAUCGCAUCGUUCAAAAUCACGGUCAAGGUCUCGUUCACGAUCGAGAUCUCACUCCCGAUCAAGAACACAUUCAAGGUCAAGAUCACGAUCCCCCAUGUUUAGGAAAGGAAGACGAGAUGGUAAACGUCGCCAUUCAUCCACAGAUUCUGAAGAUGAAAAUAAGGGUUUCAUCCGAUUGAACUCGAAGAGGGGACGAAGCCCAAUGAAUACUGGUAAUCGAGGAAAAGGCAAGAAGGUUAAGGGGAAAAAUAAUAAGACAGAAUCCCACUUCUACUCCAAACAUGGCCGCAUGAGUCUUGAUCCAGAGUUCAGCACUUCUGAGCGGCUGCAGAAGAGAGCAGCUCGUUUCAAUGCUGGUGGUGUUGGGGGUCCGAGCCCAGGGCCUCAGAGGAAAAAGAAACAACUGAAUAUUACAAAAACUAUUAGCAAUACAUUUACUGUUGAUGGAGAUGAUAUUGAUUGGACCUCAAUGCAUAUUGUAGGAACUUCCACAGCUAUGGAAAAACCAUAUCUUCGAUUGACUGCGGCCCCAGAUCCAUCUACUGUCAGAACAGUAGACACCUUGAAACGAUCUCUGGAAUGCAUUAAACGUCAGUGGGUGCGUAACCAGGAUUAUCGAUAUGCCUGUGACCAACUCAAAUCUUUACGCCAAGAUCUAACUAUACAGGGUGUCAGAGACGGCUUUACGGUUCAGGUAUAUGAGACACAUUCCCGAAUUGCCCUUGAGAAAGGAGAUCAUGAAGAGUUCAAUCAGUGUCAGAGUCAGCUAAAACAACUAUAUUGUGAAGUGGGGGGAGAAAACACACUUGAAUUUAUUGCUUAUAGACUCCUCUACUACAUCUUCACCAAAAAUACAUUAGACAUUACCUCCCUCUUGGCUGGACUUACGAUGGAGCAGAAGCAGGAUGAGUGCAUUGGUUUUUCUCUAAAGCUACGUGCAGCCUGGUCAUUGGGAAAUUACCAUCGCUUCUUUCGGCUGUACCGCACUGCUCCUAAGAUGGCUGGAUAUCUUGUUGAUUGGUUUGCAGACAGAGAAAGAAAGCAGGCAUUAAGGGCAAUGCUUAAAGGCUAUCGGCCGGGUAGUCUAGAGGUCAGUUUUAUUAGGUCGGAGUUGGCUCUCGGAACUCAAGAGGAAUGGCAGAAAUUUGAGAGCGGCAUAAGCUUGGUCUAUACUGAUGUGUCAAAGACGAAAAUAGACUGUAAAAAAUCUUCUGCGGAUGUCUUGGCAAUGUAGUUUGUUACUUUCAUGAAAAUGGACAAUGAAAUCAAAGUUUUCAUGACGAACCCUAUGGAAGUGCAUAAAAACUUUUAAUACACGAUAAAGAUUUGAUCUUUCAUAAAUUGGCAUUGAGAGGGUUGUUUGGGUGGGUGUGUGAUGGUUGUCUUAUUAAAUAGACGUAGUGACCACAAGAUGAAAUUUUGGACACAAUUUCUCCCCCCAAAAUUUUGAAAAUGUUUUUAACCUUGUUGACAGUCUGGGUACACAAACAUUGGAAGCAAAUGUUUACUGUUGAACUAAUAUUCACAUUAUGAAAGGAGAGAAGACACUGUGGACCAAGUGUAACUGAACUUUUGUAGUUUGUAAGGAAACUGAAAAGUACAAAUGAAAUUAAUUGAAUGAAAAAGUUAUAACAUUUGAAAUGUAACUGGUAAAUUGUUAGUCAGUUGAUGAACAUGAAAUAUAGGAAAGAAAUUUGGGGACAUCAGUGGACAUCAAAAAGUUGUGCUGUGAAAUUUAUGAAGAGAAAAUUAUUUGAGACAAGUUAUCCUGUUGCUUGGACUGUACUGGAGAGUGCUCCACCCAUUAUUUUAUAAAAAUCUUCAUUAUUUUCAAUUUUGAUAAACCACUCCCAUAAACCCUUCCUCCUCCCAGUGACAUGAUAAUUACAAUUUUGAUUUUGUUUUUAUCCUCUUCUGUAACAAUUAUUUAAUGAAUGAGGGAAGAGUCAGUCCUGCUCCUUUCAGCAUUCAUUGUUAAUAAACAAGCAUGUCAUCAUUAUCAUCAUCAUCAUCAUUACCAUCGAUUUCAAAAUCGGCAAAAUCUAUGGAGGAUAAACUACGACCGGAUAUUUGGAGUAGGACAUUGAAGGCAUCAAAUUUUCACCUACAAUAUCCUUACAUUUAAGCUGUUAUGUCCAAGUUACCACAGGACCAUUGGGAGACUGGCAGGGUACAGGACAGUGCUGGAUCUUCACGACUACUCAGGAUCUUCACACUAACAUGGCUCUUCACGACAACACAGGAUCGUCACGACAACGUGGGAAUGUUUAAGGGAUAGCUAUAAAGGUUCCUUACAAUGUACCUUAUCCUAUACCAUUUUCAGGUACUUAUGGAAUGAAGCACGGAAAAGGGGAUGCAGCAAGUUGCAGAAAUAUACCAUUUUCAGGUACUUAUGGAAUGAAGCACGGAAAAGGGGAUGCAGCAAGUUGCAGAAAAGUAAGAGUGCAAUUUUCUUUAUCAACAGUAAGAAGAUUCAUUUACACCAGUUUCAUUUGCUUGGGAGUUUACUGUCCCAAAUUCGCAAAUCUUUCUCAUCAAUCCCCUUUUCACCUUUAUGAUCUUCCCUUGUGAUGGUGAUGCCAUUCCUUUACAGUUCCAAGUGGCAGGAUUCAAGUGCAAGUAAUGAGACUUUGAAAAAAGUACCCUUGAACUUACACUCAAACUGUGAAAGAUUGCAAGUAGACUGGAAUUUGGAACAAGUUAUGCAGGACAUUUUCUUUAGACUGAAGCAGUGCAGUGGACAGUGUGAAUUUUUGACUUUUGCAUUGGUCUUUGGGUUGUUAAGUCUUAUGUUCAGCAGCCUUUGUAUGAAAUUUCCUUGGUAAUAAUUCCAUCUCCACAGAGUUACUAGGUUUUGAGUUUCAAAAAUACCCCAAGAAGAAAGAUCUUCAAGACCAAUUGGUUGAGCUUGUCACUGAAGUCUCCAGCAUUUUUCAUCUGAGUAUGAUUUUCAUGCUGUCAUUAGGUUGAUGGGGAUAACAACAUUAGUGGUUGAUUGCACCAGUGCUUCAGUUGCAAGUUAUCCUAGUGACAGCAGCAGCAGUAGCAGCUCAUAAUCCUUCUGCACCCUCAGCUCCUGUUGGGUAUCAGGUUAUGGAACAAUAGCUUGUUCCAUGUUCAUCCAGAAUUGUUCCAGUGUCCAGCAGUAUUUCAGCAGCAGCAGCAGUUCCAGUCUCCUCCCAUAUCUGAAGCAGUGUUCCAGCCUUCAAGAAGACCAACAGUUCCAGAUUGCAGCAGGCAAGCAGAGUUCCAGUCGAUGAGAAGCCAAUCCUGAGGAAAUCAGGAAUGUUCCAGCAUCAUCGUUCUGCAGUGUUCCAGUCUUUUUUCUUUUUCUUUCCUUCUUUUUCUUCUUUUUUAACACCAUAAUUUUUAUUAAAAUCUCAAUCUGCUCUUAACAAUGAAUUAUGAAAAGUACCUCUCUCUCUCUCUCUCUCUCUCUCUCUCUCUCUCUCUCUCUCUCUCUCUCUCUCUCUCUCUCUCCUUCCUUCCUUCCUUCCUUUAUUUAUUUAUUUAUUUUUUUAUGCAGCAGGACAGCACAAAAACAAUAAAAUUACAGUGUGUCCCUCCAUAAUCAUACAGAAAUAGACAGUUUCCAAAUUAGAAUAUCUUCUAUCAAAAAUAGGAGUCCCACGAGCUCAUCUUUCGUCUUGUGUACUAAUCUACACCUAUUUUCCAUUUUUGCCAGUAAAUCAUUAAAGAUCAAAUGAUAUCAUACAUAACCAUGUGCAGCUUAGUCCUUGUUGUUGGAGUAUACCUAUGAGGUACUUCAAACUUUAAUAAAAAUUUAUCUUCUGUUAUACAGUUUUUGAGUCAGUUCCUAAUCAGAUACACAAAUCUUGUAUUAUGAAUACUCCAAAGUAAUUAAUGUGUUAAUAGGUGUUUUUACCAAGUGAAGUAAGAGUCAUAGUCACCUUUGUACUGAUUUUUCAUUAUCACUUUUUUAUUAGGAAAUUUAUUUUAGCCUAGCAACUGCUUAUCCAGUCACCCCCAAUUGACUGGCUGAAUCCGAGCAGGGUAUAGAAUGUCUUAUGGUUGAUAAAGAUCCAAUCGCUAUUAUUCUAAUAUUUACAUUUUGGGUAUUAAUGUAAUAAUUACAUGUUUAUAUUUGAUACUUUUUAGUCUUCUGAAUAUUAUUUUCUUUGUUAAAUCCUUUCAUAAAGUAUUUCAUCAUGUUGGGAUCAGUCCACAAGAUGUGACUGUUGACAUUGUUUAAUUUAAGUUUUUGUAAAUACUGUUGAUUUACUUUGGUAAAUAAAUUAUGAAACUUAA